UUUUUUACUGGGCUUCUUACCUUUUGAAUUAGUUUACAUUCCUGAAUUUUCUCUUUCAACCAAAAUAAUAGGUGCAAAAGUACUGCUCAAUAAUGGACCAUCUUAUUAACUUAUUUUUCCUAGAAGCAGCAAUUGAUGAAAUUAUUUGAUGAAGCGCGGCGCAAUUUCGAAAUUAGAUUCAAAAUUUUUGUCACUAAAUCACGCUUUCAUUAGUUCAUUUUUCACGCACUUACUGUUUUGGAAAACAAAUUAUGCUGUGCUAUUUACAUUUCAAAGUAGUGACUUUGUGUAUCUUAGUUUUUUGUACUUUCAAACCAAUAACGAUGUUUUUGUUCCAUCAUAACGCUAAGCUUUGAGCCAUGUGAGCAUCUCACAAUACUAGUAACCUAAAAUAUUUAUUUCGUAUUUCACAAAUGAAUAAGAAUACGCCUCUAGGCGUUGUUAUCUAUUUUGGGGGCUUUGGUUCGGCGUUUGCUGAUUCGGCAUUAUCAGGGGCAAGCUUAGUACCAAAUGUGGACAACCCCUCAAAUAUUUGCGACACAGGCCCCGAAAAAAUGGGUGGUUUCGAAAUUUCUGGUGAGACGCAACAGUUAAUAGAAGAUACCCAGUUUCAGCCUGAGUAUAAAGUUAGAAUUGUAGGACAGAUUUUGAUUCUCCUCGCCGCUCUCCCCCUCAAUGCUUUUGUUAUCUACAAGUUCGUGGGGGGUAGGGGGGCGGGCGAAGAGAGAGCAAGGGUGAAUAUUUUGGCGGGGCAUCUGUGUUGCAUCAAUCUGGCUUACACUCUUUUCUCAAUUCCUCUUGACAUCAUUUGGCAUCUCACAGUGCAAUGGCUGGCGGGAGACAUGUGUUGCAAAGUGCUCAUGUUCCUCCGUCUCUUCCUCUUCAUUUGUGGCCCGUUCAUGCUGGUGUGCAUCUCACUCGACCGCCUCCUCGCAAUCGUGUUCCCCCUCAAGAUGGUGGUCGCACAAAAUGUCACCCCCCUAAUGUGUGCAGUCACUUACUCUGUCGCAGUUCUCCUCGCCCUCCCCCAGGUGUAUUUCUACGAGGCACUCAACAUGCGAGAUUUCAUGGCAGAAAACAUGAACUUAACAAACUUCUCAACAGAAAACGCAAGUUCGAAAACAACAGAGGUUCAAAAUAUAUCUCCUACCGGAAACAAGUGCACUGCUCAAGUACUUGCUAAUCAAACUGCAUCAGCGUCCAGAUCCAAUCUGACAGUUUCGGCUAACUGGGCAGUCCGCGAUGAUGAUACCAGAAGUGGAGAGACUGGAAAAGUCGAUGCCCAGAAAGACAUUCUUUCAGCAGAAGAUAUCCCAGACUUCACUCAGUGUGUCACUUUUGGAACUCUGUCGACCAGAGGUGCCAAAAUCUACAAUGUGUACACUAUGGUGAUCCAGUUCAUAGUUCCAGUUGUGCUGAUGUUGUUGUGUUAUCUGGUCAUCAUAGUGAAGCUCACCAUUAAACACAGAAGUCAGACCAGAGCCAAUCAGCAGGCGCAGAUUGAGCUGAUGACUAAGGGAAGUGUGCGAACAAGCAACACCACUUCCUCGACAAACAGACCAAAUGGGACAGUGCGAGGAGGGGCAGAGGGAGGGACAGGGGGAGGGCGAGGUGGAGGAGGAGGGGGAGGGAGGGUG